CACAGAUGUCUAUACGCUACUAGAUACUAGAUCGCUAACUUCGUCAAAAGAGUUGAGGCUAUCCGGAUUUCCAGGUUCGGCCAUGACACUGACCAACAAAAUGGUUGCAACAGCUGUUGCGUGCGAGACGAUAUAUUUAUUGAAUUUAUUUGUACGGAUUCGUACGUACUCCAUCUGUGUAUGUAUGUACCCCUUAUCAUGACGGCCGGUCUAUUGUCAGACGUUGCGAUUGUUACGAGUUGUCAUACUCCAGCUCGCCAGACUCGCCUACCAAUCGCCAUUUUGGCCUAAAUGCUCGUAAACAGCGACGUGGAUACGCAUUAAUUGAUAACUGUUGAUAAUGCUUUGGGUACGGCCGCAGAUAAGACAUAAGACUCUUAAUUAUAAAAUUACGCUGACUCGGGGUUGUUUCUCGUCACGCGAUCGUCGAGCAUGUUGCGAAACAACAGCAGUGUUCUCAAGCAAUUCUGCAAUUGCAAAAUCUUGCGCGACAGUAGGAUUCAGACGGAGGACCUAUGGGUGCGAGACGGAAAGAUCGUGAAUCCGGAGAAGAUCUUCUACGACGAGAAAAUCAAGCCAGAUGUUAGGAUAGACUGUAGGGGAGCUUUGAUCUCACCGGGGUAUAUAGAUGUACAGAUCAAUGGAGGAUUUGGCAUAGAUUUCUCAUGCAAUGUCGACGAUGUGGAAGGUGGCAUUGCUAAAGUAGCAAAAGGAUUGCUCGAACAUGGAGUAACGUCCUUUUGCCCUACAUUGGUUACAUCACCCACCGAGGUGUAUCACAAAAUCUUACCGAGGAUAAAGAAGCGAAAUGGAGGUAGCCACGGUGCUGGUGUACUGGGCGUUCAUGUAGAAGGACCAUUUAUUAGUCCGGUCAAGAAAGGUGCCCAUCCUGAACAUUGUAUCAGAAAAUUUGAUCAGGGAUUUAAAUCGGUCACUGAUAUGUAUGGCGAUCUAGACAAUGUGUGUAUGUUCACAUUAGCACCCGAGAUUCCAAAUGCUACAUCUGUUAUUGAAGAGUUAUGUAGAAGAAAUAUCAAAGUGUCUCUUGGACAUUCUGUAGCAAAUUUAAAUGAAGGAGAAAAAGCAGUUAUACAUGGAGCGUCCUUUAUCACUCAUCUAUUUAAUGCCAUGUUGCCUUUCCAUCAUAGAGAUCCAGGAUUGGUUGGUCUCUUAACGUCCGACCAAAUCCCGUCUGGAAGAAUCAUUCAUUUUGGCAUAAUCGCCGACGGGAUUCAUACUCAUCCUGCGGCGUUACGGAUCGCUCAUAGAACGCAUCCCGAAGGUCUUGUGCUUGUAACUGAUGCGAUAUCAGCGUUGGGUCUGGAGGAGGGAAUCCAUCAACUGGGACAGUUUAAAAUAGAGAUACGUAAAGGAUGCGCAUAUAUCGCCGAAACAAAUACUCUGUGUGGUAGCAUGGCGGAGCUUUCCGAAUGUGUAAGACACUUUAAAGAAGCUACAGGUUGCACAGUAGUCGAGGCGUUAGAAGCGGCGACUUUACAUCCUGCGAGAACCCUCGGUAUCGAUUCCUACAAAGGCGUCCUGAAUUUCGGGGCCGAUGCUGAUUUUAUAUUACUUGAUGAGAAACUCGAGUUAUUGUCAACAUGGAUUUCGGGAGAAUGUGUUUAUGAGAAGAAUAUUGGCAGUAUAAAACAAUUUGAUGCGUACAUCUACGUAGUAUGAAUUCGAAUCGAUUAUCGUAUGAAGCACACAACUGAGUAUUUUAUGACUGGGCACUGGCAUGGAAUGAUAGUGACAGACCCAUGAGACAUACUACUGUUACUGUUAUAAUAAAAAGCCUUAAACUUGUUCCAGAGAAUAGCUUUUGUACGUUGUACUGAAAUUUUUGUACAUUUGUACUUGUAGUUUUUUACUUAAAUAAAUACUUAUCAUUUUAUAUAAAAGAAAUAUGAAAUUGUUAUGCGAAUAUAUAUAAAAUUUAGAAAUAAUUAUAUUCCUUGAUUUUUCAAGGAAUAAUGAUUUAUAUGAAACAUAUAUUUGUAAAGAUCACCUGCAAUAU